AUGGCAAUGUUCAAGAAAGUAAGCGUGUUGACGCUGUUGACAACUGCGGUUGUCGGGCAGGAUGUCAUCACCGCCACGGGAACGAACUUCUCGCUGAAUGCGGAGGGAAUGUCGUACCUGUUCCAUGUUGAUCACGCGUCUGGAGAUUUGCUCGCAGACCACUUUGGUGGUUCUAUCAGCGACUUCGUACCUCCAGCGCAGCCAUGGAACUCUGGCUGGAACGAUCAGCUGUCUAACAAGCGCCGCGAAUUUCCGGACAUUGGGCGCAGCGAUCCUCGGUUGCCUGCGAUUCACAUCGAACACGCAGAUGGCGAUACUGUGUCCGCGUUUCGGUACCAGUCGCACAACAUCACCGAAGGAAAGCCAUCGCUACCAGGACUUCCGGCGACGUGGGGUGAAGCUGGCAACGUGACGACAUUAAUUGUUAACUUGUACGACAAUGUUUCGGAUGUCUCGGCAGCGCUCUCGUAUUCCGUCUUUCCGCAGUACAAUGCGAUCGCACGGAGCUUCAGCAUCACGAACCAUGCCUCAAGCAAUGGCACAGCACAAGGCUCUGGCCCAAUCACUAUCCAGCGAGCAGCAAGCUUUAGCACCGACUUUCCCAACGUCGAUCUGGAAAUGAUCGAACCGUAUGGAGACUGGUCAGACGAGUUUAACGUCGCCAGGAGGAAGGUUGACUACGGACGAACCUCAUUUGGUAGCCAGGCCGGUUAUGCUUCUCACGUCCACAACCCGUUCUUCGCACUUGUGUCUCCGAGCACUACCGAGAGUGCGGGCGAGGCAUGGGGAUUUAGCUUGGUGUGGACUGGAAGUUUUGAAGCGACUGCCGAAAAGUACUCUAACGGCUUCACCCGUGUCUUGAUGGGCCUGAACUCCCUGCACGCAAGUAUCAAAGUGCAGCCAGGCGAAACCUUCCAGUCGCCAGAAGCUGUCGCAGUCUACUCAUCCGAGGGAGUGGGCGGGUUGUCACGCUCAUUCCACGAUCUCUACCGCAACCAUCUGUCACGCCACAAAGCUACAAAAGAGACACGGCCUAUUCUGCUCAACUCAUGGGAGGGCCUUGGCUUCAACAUCAACGAGACUUCACUGGUCAGACUGGCGGAAGAGUCGGAAGAGCUAGGCAUCCAACUGUUUGUGAACGACGAUGGCUGGUUUGGUACUGAAUAUCCGCGUAACAACGACUGGACAGGUCUCGGAGAUUGGACGCCGAAUCCCCGUCUGUUCCCCAGCGGCUUCAAGCAUUAUGUAGACUCGGUGAACAACCUGACUGUUCUCAAUGAGUCAUCAACGCGCAUGCAGUUUGGUAUCUGGGUAGAGCCAGAAAUGGUUAAUCCCAAUUCGUCACUCUACCUUGAACAUCCGGACUGGGUCUUGCAUGCCGGCAAGCACCAGCGAUCAUUGACACGACACCAGCUGGUCUUGAAUGUGGGCCUGCCAGAAGUACAGGACUUCAUCAUCGAUUUCAUGUCGAAGAUACUCGACUCGGCAAACAUCCAGUACGUCAAGUGGGACAACAACCGUGCCAUGCACGAGAUGGCGCGCCCAUCUGCCGGCUACGACUACAUUUUGGGACUCUACCGCGUCAUUGAUAACCUCACCACGAAAUACCCAGACGUACUUUGGGAAGGCUGCGCAUCCGGCGGUGGUCGAUUUGACCCUGGACUGCUCUACUACUGGCCCCAACACUGGACUUCGGAUAAUACCGAUGCCUCGGACCGCAUAACCAUUCAGAUGGGUACUUCGCUCGUCUAUCCUCCUUCAUCGAUGGGUUGCCACGUGUCUGCAGUUCCCAACGGUGCCACAGCCCGCAAUACCAGCAUAGAGUACCGCGCCCACGUUGCCAUGUGGUGUGGAUCUUUCGGCCUCGAACUCAACCCCGAAGAGCUUACUCCUGUCGAAGCCGCCGGUCUACCUGGAAUUAUGGCUGCUGCCAAGCGCGUCAACCCUAUUGUCAUCAAUGGUGACUUUUACCGCCUCGCAUGGAAGGACAACAGCAACUGGCCUGCGGUGCAGUUCGUCAGCGCUGAUGGAAACGACGCGGUUUUGUUUGCGUUCCAGCAGUCUUCAGUGGUGAAGCCUGCGAUUCCGCCGCUAAGGUUGGCGGGCUUGGAUCCAAAGGCGCGAUACAGCAAUGACUGGGACAAUGCGACGUAUACUGGGGCGACAUACAUGAACGCGGGUUUGAACAUCCCUUGGAAGAGGACGGACUAUCAGAGCAAGAUGAUCUGGUUGACGAAGCAGUAG